CUGAGAUGCCCUGUCUCGUGCACGGAGCUCGUCCUCUUCGUGUUCACCAGUUCCCAGUCGAACCAUCGCGCCACUUGAACCAUUGCGAUUCGGGGGACCAUAUCGCCUCUGCGACUGACAAAUUCUUGACGUUUGCACUCGAAAAGCCUCAACCAUGUCGUCCACAGAGCAACAGCAGCAGCAACAAAAGACCGCCUCUGACAAGCGAAAGACUUCGGCCAAGAUGCUCGUAGCGCUGUUCCCCAGAAUUCCCAAAACUGCGGCAGUGUUGUUGGAGUUCUUCAUAAAGCGCGAAAGCAAGGUGUCCCUGAUGCGUGACCCGCUGUCUCAUUUUUGUCAAGAGGAAGUUGUCCUUCACGCUCAGGAAUGCCUCAUCAAGCUCAACAAGCAGGUAAUCAACUACGAGGACGUGCGCGACAUGGUCGAGAACCUCGUCGGACUUCACGCGAUGUGUACGAAGAAGGAUCCCGAUGUUGCCAAGGCACUGGCGGUGACCAUCCGCAAGCUUACCAUUAUCGUCGGCGAAGUAGCAACUUCCUUGGAGAAGAUAGCUGAAGUGUCUGUCACCGACUGGAUGGGGAUAGGAGACGCAAUCGUUCAUAAACUCGAUAAGUUGGACAUUCCACCGCAACCCGUUUUCACCACGUUUAUCCCAAAAAUGCGUGACUUCGAGAGCCUCAAAAUGCUGGGAGCCGGUGGCUUUGGUGCUGUAUAUCUCGCCAACUACAAACCAGCGAACUUCGUAGCUACGGUUAAACUGGUGGCCAUGGACCGUUUCAGCAGGCACAAGCAGGCGGCCAUGGACAAAGUGGUCGCCUCUGUCGUGCGGAGCCCAUUCUUGGUCAAGUAUUACUGCUGUUUUUGUGUCAAGGAAGCAUAUGUCACUUUGAUGGAGUAUGUCCCGGGGCUGGACCUCAUGCGUGUUGUGACCAAGGAGGAAUAUAUGAAGAUCGAUGCCGUUCAGAUAAUCAUGGCGCAGCUUAUCCUUGCCAUUGAACACAUGCACCUGCGUGGCUUUCUACACAGGGAUAUCAAGGUCUCCAACAUGCUCAUCCUCCCUGGAGGACGUGUUAAAGUGAUCGAUUUUGACACAACGAAAGUCUGCAACGGUCACUUCGCAAAGCGAAUGCUCCGUGGCUACUUCCGGAGGACACCGAUUGAAUUCAACGACGGUGAGUCGGCUGGAACCAUACCGUACAUGGCACCGGAGAUACUGAAGAGGCGCCCAUAUGGACGAGCAGCGGACUGGUGGUCAUCAGGGAUCGUAAUGUACAAGUUGAUGACCGGCCGCGUCCCAUUCCGAGGGAAGACCAAGCAGUUGCUUCGAGAGCGGAUCAUCACGGCACCCCUCAAAUGGCCCCGCGUUGAAGAGCACCCGCACUCGGCCACGACAACCGCCAAGGACAUGACCUACCGUAUGUUGAAAAAGAACCCGGUCGAGCGGAUGGGAUCUAAAACUUACGCUAGUCUCAAGACUCACCCGUUCUUUGACAACUUCAACUGGAAACAGCUUUACGAGAAGACGCAAUUAUGUGACCUGCCGGUCAUUACGGAGAUCAUGUCCGCGGACGCGGAGCGCGAACGCAAGAGCGGCGCGGAUUCUCAGGACUCUCGAAAGCAUUUGCAGAUCGAGGACAUGACGGAUGUCAGUUCCAGCAACCAGAAGCCCCUUCUCUGCUACGCAUCACCCUCAUAUAAGAAGCUAGUACUAACGAUUAAGGAAAGCAAAGCUCAAGUAAACGUUAGCGAGUCCUUCAUGAACACCUCUGGGAUGACAACUUCUGGGAUCGAUUACCAGGCCACGACACCAGCACAAUCGUCCCUUCAAACCGCAUGCAGUACCAUAGACGGAAAGGAUGUCCAGUCCGGUGCCGAAAAGGUUGACCUCAUUCUCUUCAGAAAGAAAAAGUAUACCAAGUACUGGAGCUUCGGAUUUUCUCUGCGACGGGCCGAGGGUGAAGCCCCCAACAGUUACUUCAUCUACGUGGACAAGGUAACCACUGAUAGUCCGGCAGACCGGUCCCAGUUACUUCCGUUGGACGUCGUGCUUUCCGUGAACAGCACACCAGUGGCCGACGUGCCGCUCGGAAAAGUGCAAAAGAUUAUCAGCAGCUCGGGGGACCAGCUCGUGCUUUCGGUGAUGGCCUCCAGUGUGUACCGGUUACUGACUACACGUCGAGACAUCAUGGGCGUUAUGAAAAUGGUUGCCAAAGAUACCGUAGUACUGUCUAGAAGUCCCACGCUGUGCACCGGCAACCAGCCUUAUGGAUUGGACUUCGCUGACGUGAAGGUCUGGAACGAGGACACAAAACAGUACGCCAGGGUCUUCGUAGUGAUGCACGUCACUUCGGCGGUCGUGAACAACCGCAGGCUCUUCCCUGGAGACGUGCUGACGCACGUCGACGGUACGUCGCUGGACGGUCUCACCAGGGAUGAGCUCAUGCGUGUGCUGCAGACGGGCGCUAACGAAGUGACCAUCAACGUCGUGGCGUUGUCACCGCUUCGUCAGAAGCGUCUCAAGAUUAGCAAGCUGAACGAGACUUUGAUUACAGAUGCGAAUAUUCCUAGCAAAUCAACUGCUGCAGAAAUAGAUACCUGAAUGGAAGACGUCAAAACUACUUUAUAGCAAUACAGCGUUCGAUGAAUGAAAAUAAGCGAAAGUACAUAUGUG